GUUUUAGUGGGCAACAUUCGCUAUCAUACGACGCAAGCACACUUAUGUGUCAAGUUGUUUUUUUCUAGGUGAAUAUUUCACAGGUGUUCACCGGAGCGCUCACGAUUACGCUACGGGUACGGCGUACUCUGCGACGGCGUAGAAGCUGCGUUCUCGCAAGUGUAACGUAACAUAUGUUUUGGGAUGUUCACUGGCUCGGUGAGACAAGAUUUGCUUGUGCUCUAGGGACCAGGCAUAUAAGCCGGAUUUGUAGAUGUCUGAAACCGUAAAAGUGUUGUGACGUAGCUCUCGAACCGGAAAAUAAUUUCAUCAAUUUUAAUCAAGUUUCAAAAGGAGUUUUAAUGGUGACAUAUUUUGAAUUCUGGAAAGUAACAAACUUUGAACCACAAUGAAACUAAUCUCCAAUGUCUUCUGGAUAUGUCUACCCACAUAGGAUAUUCACCAGCAUCCGAGACGCAGUCUCUUCUCUAUCGCUGAAUCGUGUUAUGGAGAAUAUCACAUUCAAACAUGGAUACAUUCGACCUUCAGUGUCUCUCGUGCCCCAGGGUACGUUCUGAAGAGGAGUUUGGGGGAACAAACAUACACAAUCGGCGCCAUAGCCGGGGCUUCGUUCAGCUGUACAUGGGAAUACCUCACCUGCCCGGUUACCUGGCUAGCUGAUACAUCUUACAUCCGGGCAACUGAAUACAGGCACCAAGCGACGGGUGUCGGUCUGUGUCGGCUGUGGCUCACAGAUUCAGGACCAGUUUAUUAUGAGGGUCGCUCCUGACUUGGAGUGGCACGCAGGGUGCCUUAAGUGUGCCGACUGUGACCAGUACCUCGACGAGUCGUGUACAUGUUUUGUCAGGGAUGGAAAAACCUACUGUAAACGGGACUACGUGAGGUUAUUCGGGACAAAGUGUGCUAAGUGUGGUUUAGGAUUCAGUAAGAAUGACUUUGUUAUGAGAGCAAAAACAAAAAUAUUUCACAUCGACUGUUUCCGUUGCGUAGCGUGUAGCAGACAGCUGAUACCAGGAGAUGAAUUUGCCUUGCGAGAUGACGGGCUGUUCUGUAAAGCUGAUCAUGAUGUCGUUGAACGUGCUUCAGGUCCUCUAUGUGAUCCUGGGAGCCCCCUUAGCAAUAAUAAUAAUAACAAUAACGAUUCAUCAAGUGUAAACAACAACAAUAAGAAAAGCCACUCGGAAAAGAAUGGACUACAGCUCGCAGGUCGAGCAGAGCAGGCAGGCGGAACCAAGGCGGGUCGGGGUGGUCAUAAGUCAGAUCACAAGACCACACGGGUGAGGACGGUGUUAAAUGAGAAACAGUUACAUACGUUACGGACAUGCUAUAACGCGAACCCCAGGCCUGACGCCCUCAUGAAGGAACAGCUGGUGGAGAUGACCGGCCUAUCCCCCCGGGUCAUCAGGGUGUGGUUCCAGAACAAGAGAUGUAAGGACAAGAAGAGAAGCAUCCUCAUGAAGCAGAUUCAGCAGCAACAGGACAAGCCUUUCUUUCAUCUGUUGCAGAACGGAAACGGCUUGCAGCGCCCCCUGCAGGGAGUCCCCAUGGUGGCAUCCAGCCCUGUACGUCAUGAGGGGCCUGGAAUCCAGGCUAGCCCAGUAGAGGUCCAGAGUUACCAAACUCCUUGGAAAGCCCUGAGUGAGUUCGCCAUGCAGGGAGACAUCGACCACCACCAUCCCCCCUUCCAACAACUGAUGUCAACGUUCGACAACAUGGAAGCCCACUGCGGGGCAGGGGGAGCGUCCCCACAGAGCGACCCCCUCAUGCACGUCUCCUACCUCCACCACGACGACAUGCCCAACUCCGUUAGUUCCGACUUUCCCCGAACACCGUCAGAACUCUCGAGUCCGCUCAGUCAGUGACGGUAUCCCGUCGGCGGCGUCUGGGAGUGACGCCGCCCCGGAAAACUUACUCAAUCAACCUAGUACCUCACUGCCACUCUGCUGGGGGCAGGAGACCCAUAUUCCGUUCAGGGCUCCGACGCGCACAAGGAACACGCCUAUCAACGUCCCACCGGCUGGUCCUCAGUCUUAGUGUAAACUGGGCUUACCUGUGUGCAGUGUGGACGUACGAGAGUCAUAGUGAGCCCGACUCCAAGUCAAAACCAGGAAGUGGAGGACCGGCAUCGGUCCGGGUUUUACACGGGACGCGUAUCUGUGUUAGCCUACUGUGUAGGUGUUGUUACCAACCGGAUCAGGAGUCCGGACCACGAAUGUUGUGUUGACUCGUUGUGAAAAAUGUGGAUAUAUAUAGGACAAAUGAAAUUAUGAACUAUGUAAAUAGACAGUGGUUUGUGUCAUUCUCGUGCUGUGCUUCUUAUUGUUAUUUUUGCACGAACUGAGCGCGUGGCUCCGAACUAUACCCCACCCACCCCUUAUUGGGGGGAGGGGUACGACAACACGUCUGUGCAUCGUUUACACCACAGAGUAGCUAUGUGAUCUUGUCUUCUCCAUGUCGUGCUGUCAUCUCUCUCAUCAGCACGUGCAGAGCGUGCAAUCAAAAUGGCGUCCUCUAGUGUAUCUCACUCAAUCAUCCCUAUUUCUUGAAAAACAUAAUUUAAAUUAUGCAAUAAAAUGUGUACAAAUGUGA